AGUAUUUUUAAAAGGUUCUGGGGGUUAAAAUGUAAGCAUAUAUUUAUAUAUAUAACCCUAAUUCAGACAGCAAAGCUUUCUCAUGCUAUUGUCUUAUCGCCGCCGUUCGUCACCACCGACCUUCGUUCUCCGAUAUAGAGGUUGUUUGCAAGCUUGACGUAAUGAGGGGAAGGAGCUACACUCCGUCACCACCAAGGGGGGGUUAUGGGAGGAGGGGUCGGUCCCCAAGCCCUAGAGGCCGAUACGGAGGAGGUCGCAGCAGCAGGGACCUCCCCACCAGUCUUUUGGUUCGCAAUCUACGCCAUGACUGCAGGCAAGAUGAUCUCAGGAGGUCAUUUGAGCAGUUCGGCCCUCUCAAGGACAUUUACUUGCCAAGGGACUAUUACACUGGAAAUCCGCGAGGGUUUGGUUUUGUUCAGUUUGUGGAUCCUGCUGACGCUGCUGAGGCGAAAUAUCAUAUGGAUGGUUAUGUUCUUCAUGGCCGCGAGUUGACUGUUGUGUUUGCGGAAGAGAACAGGAAGAAACCUAUUGAGAUGAGAGCUAGGGAGCGCGGUGGAGUAAGGAGGCGGAGCCCCCCUAGGUAUUCUCGUUCUCCUCCCCGUCGACGUGGUAGAUCUCGGUCAAGGAGUGGUGAUUACUAUUCUCCUCCCCGAAGACAUCACCCAAGGUCUAUCUCUCCCAGGGGAGAACGGUAUGAUAGGGGGAGAUCAUACUCGCGCUCACCUGCCUACAAUGGCUCAAGAGGUCGCAGUGUAACUCCAGCCAGAGGAAAGAGCCGCAGCAUAAGCCGUAGCCCAAGAAGCACAAGUCGUAGUCCAAGAGGAGGCGGCAUUAGCCCGAGUCCCAGAAGAAGCAUAAGCCGUAGCCCGAGCCCUAGGAGAAGCAUAAGCCGUAGCCCGAGAGGAAGCAGGAGUCCAAGCCCUAGGAGAAGCAGGAGCUACACACCUGAACAGGCCAGGAGCCGCAGCCCACCGCGUGGGGAGCAAUACGAAGACCGUUCACCAAGCCAGUGAUUUGAUUCUUCACUCUUUGGAUAUGCAUCAUCUCUAUGUCAUGAUUGCCUCUCUUUUUCUUAUCGUAACACAGUAAUUAUGAUUUGAAAAAAGAUGAGAGAUCUAUGUAAUGUCGAACCUUGGCUUUGUUAUGUCUUUUGGAUUGAAUAUUUUUAUGGUUUGAUGAUGUUGAGUCUUAUGUGGAAACUGUUAGUGUUACUGUGUCCUCUUUAAGAUUUAAGUCUUUAUAUUGAAAGUUGCAACAUUA